GAGAGAACAUAAAGUACAUAACGUUUGUAUUUAAGUUCCUAUAAGUAGAGAAGAACGGAGAAAGUUACAGACUUGGAAACACCUGGACCAACCUGGAGAGAACACAACAUUAUAUCAGGACCUAUAGACACCUAGAGAGAACACAGCAUUAUAUCAGGACCUAUAGACACCUGGAGAGAACACAGCAUUAUAUCAGGACCUAUAGACACCUGGACCAACCUGGAGAGAACACAGCAUUAUAUCAGGAGAACACAACAUUAUAUCAGGACCUAUAGACACCUGGAGAGAACACAACAUUAUAUCAGGACCUAUAGACACCUGGACCAACUUGGAGAGAACACAGCAUUAUAUCAGGAGAACACAACAUUAUAUCAGGACCUAUAGACACCUGGAGAGAACACAGCAUUAUAUCAGGACCUAUAGACACCUGGAGAGAACACAGCAUUAUAUCAGGACCUAUAGACACCUGGACCAACCUGGAGAGAACACAGCAUUAUAUCAGGACCUAUAGACACCUGGACCAACCUGGAGAGAACACAGCAUUAUAACAGGACCUAUAGACACCUGGACCAACCUGGAGAGAACACAGCAUUAUAUCAGGACCUAUAGACACCUGGAGAGAACACAGCAUUAUAUCAGGACGUAUAAACACCUGGACCAACCUGGAGAGAACACAACAAGAUGAGGAUCCUGCUGAUAGUCAUCCUCCUCUCCUUCAUGACAGUUGGAGUUGUAAGGAUCCAAUCAUAACUGGAUUGAAGAACACCUGGCAGCACAGUGGUAGAUUCUCUCUGUAUGACAACACUGGAGGAAACUACUUCAAGGUGAUCAUCAGACAACUGACCAGACAAGAUGAAAGGACCUACUGGUGUGGAGUGAACAAACCUACUGCACCUGACAGUUAUACCAAGGUAGAGCUGGAUGUCGAGAAUGAUGAUUGCUGUGAGAAGUCAGUCACAGAGACGGCCUUUCUGGGAGGAGAAGCUACCAUCAGAUGCAACUAUCCAGAGGACCAUGAGGACGACAUCAAGUAUUUCUGCAAGGAAAGCAAUGACUUCAAGACUUGUGUUUAUAUGGUUGCUGCUCACCAGACAUCUGCAGAAGCUGGUCGAUUCUCUCUGUCUGACAACAGAACAGAGAGAUUCUCCACAGUGACCAUCAGUGACCUGACUGAAGAUGAUACUGGGACCUACUGGUGUGGAGUAGAAACCAGCAGGACAGAACAACGUUACAGUACACUGAUCACACAGGUGAAGCUGCUUGUUAUAAUGAUCUCCAGGUCUCCUGCAACACCGUCCUCACCAACCUCUUCAUCCACCCCAGGGACCUCCACUUACCCUGUUCCCUCAUCUAUCUCCCCUUCAUCAUCCACAUCAUCAUCAUCAAUCCCAAUGGUGUUUGUAAUGAUCAUGGUGUCUGUGAGUCUGGCUGUGUUGGUGUUAACUGUCAUCCUGUUCACCGUCUACAGAUGGAAAUGUAACAAGGUGCAAGGGCCGGCUUCCUCCAGCAGACAGACCUCUAGCAGACCAAACAUCCACCCAGGAAACAGUGAGGAGGGGGACCAGGACUAUGAGAAUGACCCUGCUACAGACACCAUGGUUUAUAUAGGAACAGCUGUCUACCAAACCCUGAACCCCAACACUGCAAUCCAAGAUUCAAUUUAUCAAACCCUGAACCCCAACGCUGUAAACCAAGAUUCAACUUACCAAACCCUGAACACCAAUGCUGCAAACCAAGAUUCAACUUACCAAACCCUGAACCCCAACACUGUAAACUAAGAUUCAACUUACCAAACCCUGAACCCCAACACUGUAAACCAAGAUUCAACUUACCAAACCCUGAACCCAAACACUGUAGACUAAGAUUCAACGUACCAAACCCUGAACCCCAACACUGUUAACCAAGAUUCAACUUACCAAACCCUGAACCCCAACACUGUAAACCAAGAUUCAACUUCACAACCCCGAACCCCAACACUGUAAACUAAGAUUCAACUUACCAAACCCUGAACCCCAACACUGCAAACCAAGAUUCAACUUACGAAACCCUGAACCCCAACACUGCAAACCAAGAUUCAACUUACUACACCCUGAACACGAACACUUUGAACCAAGAUUCAACACACCAAACCCUGAACCCCAACACCAUAAUCAGUACCAUAAGACAGUAUCCAAGAUUCAACAUACCAAGCCCUGAACCAGAAGACUGCAAACCAAGUUUAAAUGUACCAAUCCCUGGAACUGCAAACAAAGACUGGAUUUAAGGACUAAUUGCAGUGUUUGAAGUGGAAGUGGUUCUAUUGCCUCCAAUAGACAGACUUUGUUUUCCCUGCGCAUGUGAACCCCCCAUCCAAAAGGUCAAAGUCUGACACCUGCUGUAGUAUAGGCUUCAAGCACUUUCUUUUACCAAAUAAAAAGUGACCUAAUAUUGGUUAUUUUUACCGUCCAAUAUCACUGGUGAACAUGUAUAUGAAAUGUAGACUCAGAGAAAUGACGUUGCCACGAGCAGCACCAGAGAUAUUGUGAUGAGCAAGAUGGUAGACUUCGCUCUCACACAGGUUCAUGCGCAUGUGCACAGGUUCGCUUCAUGCUGUUACAGCGUGAUAGGUUUUGGACCAAAAGAGCAGAGAAGUCUACCCUCACGUUUCAACGCGCUUAGUUGUUGCGGAAAUUGACAGACUAUGUGUCAGGCCCUGACCUUUGUAUUCUUUGUUUUCUUUAUUAUUUUGGUUAGGUCAGAGUGUGACAUGGGUGAUAUUUGUGUUUUUGUUCCUGUCUAGGUGUUAUGUAUGU